AUGCGAGGCAGCUGUAAACUGAAAGCAUUAAAAAGUCUUAAAUUAUUUCAUGAUUGAAAAGCAGAUGGUUCAAUAAACAAAUCCUUGAAAACUAUUAAAUCUGCAUUUAAAAAUGUACUACUGUAACUUUAAAGGCGCAUUACAAAAUAAUUCCACAGCGUUGCCAGACCAACACAUGGAAAAUGACCGAUACCGUAGUUUUUGUGAAUUCUUUACCAAAUUCCAUUUCGAUUCCAUUAUUCUUUUUUUUUAAUUUUAAACUUCGCUUCUGAGAAUUUUUGAAUGAAUUCUGCCCAUCGAUCUUCGCUCAAAAAGCGGCCAGGACCCCAAGAUGACCGGAGAGUCAGCUUCGCAUCUCCAGUGUCUUCUUCACAGAAAACAGCUGCAGUAACUGUGGCGGCCCAAACUAAACAACCUGCAAAAGCGAAAAAUCUUCGAACUAUGCAUUCCACGCCGAAGAAAUCGAAACCUGCUCAUGAUGUGGCCGAUAUAAUUUCACUUGUGAGUAAGCAAAGCGACAUAUUGGAUGACGUUUCUGAAAUUGAACACAAAAUGAUCAAGCAGGCGAAAAUGACACAAGAUCUGACAAUGGAGCUGGCAAAUUCAAUCGAACGUAUCGCAAAUAUGGCAUUAGCCGAAAGUAAACUCAGCGACCAAAUGGAGAAACAGUCAAAGAAGCUCAUUUCUCUAGAAGGAAAAACAAAAGAGCUCGUCGAGAAAGCCAACAAUUGGUCUAAAACACUCGAAAAUCGCGUUGACGCCAGAUCGCAUCAUUCCACUUGUCUCAAUGAUGUUCAGGCGGCUAUAAAAAUAAUCAAUAAUGCAAAAAUCAACAACGAUGGGUUCUCGGAAGAUUUCUCUGCUCAUUACGACAAACUUCUGGAUUUGGUUGAAACGCUCGAGCCGUGGGCUGACAAGUUAUAAAUCAUCUGUUGUAUUCAAUUUCCUUGUUUUAUUACAUGACAUGUAUCAUUUUAAUGUUUGUCCAUCGUAUUGCAUGUAUUGCUUUCUCAAAUAUGGGAACUUUUUUUUUUGAAAAAAAAACAAUCCAAAAUCCAUAUUUGACCAAAAUGAAUAAAAUUUUGUUUAAAA